AUGGGCGAACAACCAGAGACUGGUAGAGACUUCGUAGAGCCUGAAUUAGAGGCUCCAGAAAUAUUGGAAACUGAAUCUUCAGUGGACGAGGAAGACGGUGCCUUAAAGGACUUGCUCAGAGUCGAUGAACAAUAUGUUCCCCUGUUGACCUUGCUGGAACAGUUUUCCCCUGGAGAAGAUGGCAUCCAAUUCAACAGAAAGUUGAAACACUUUGAGACCACUGUCUCAUCCGUGUGUCCGGACGACUCGCGCGUGCAGCAAGCGUUUGCAACGUUCCGCGCUGCGGCCCUGCUGAACCCGGCGAUGGCGCGCAAGCUGGCUGCAGUGGGCAGCUGCUUUAAGAGUCAACUUCAGCUGCGCCGAACCUUCCUGAACGUAGUGCUCCAGGAAACCUUUGCUAAACUGGAUGUGCUGGAGCGCUCCAACCCAAAGUACCUGUUAAUGCAAAACGGUCGCGAGCUACUCUCCAUACUACCACAAGAGAUAGACGAGCUUUCGAUUUCUAUCCGUCUCCGUCUGCUCUCGUCGCCACCGGUCAGUACAACGUGGCUACUGCUCUCCGCGGACCUUUGCCUCAACAAGUUUCUUGCUCUGCCGAAUAUACUGCAACAGUUCUAUGCUGAUCAUCUCGAAAUAACCACGUCAGAAAAUAGUGAAGUCAGCUAUGGAUCUUGCACAAAAGGCCCCGAAAUGGACGUAGAUCAGCCACAAUCAACUGCUGCUGCUCGGCAAUCAAAGGAAGAUAGAACAGCGUCAGUUAGACGAAACAAGUACGACGCUGUUCAUUCCAAAAUUGACAUGAAAAGCAGACUCGAUCUCAACUCAUGGCGGCAGCCGAAUGAGGAGGUUGUUAAACAAGUGUGCAGUCUCCAUAAAGAUGAUACCACCAAGACGCGGAUUGCUCAGAGAAACCUUAUAUCUGCCGGCCGAGACAAAUUGGCAACCUGGACGGCAAGAAAUAACCUGAGGAGACGUUACGAUCUCAACACGUGGCGGCAGACACAGGAGGAGAAUGUGGAAGAGGACGUGAGACAUACGAGAUGAUUUUACAUUUAUAAUAUAAGUCGUGUAGUACCAAGUUGUAAGACGUAUUGUAAAUUUAAAUUUAAUUGUACAUAGCGG